AUUGCGAACGAUGGCCUAGGAAAGGAUAUAUAGACCAUCCCUUUCCACAAAAUCACGCGUAUUCUCUACAUAUACUACUUCGAUGAACUAUUAUACCUUUCAUCAAUCGCCCUAAGCAAGAUAUCAAUCCUUCUAUUCUACCUCCGAAUCUUCCCCGAACGCGCAUUCGUUGCUGGGUCUAUCUUACUCUCGGCCUCUGUACUGCGUAUAUAGUCACCUUUAUUCCAGUCACAAUUUUUCAAUGCCUGCUUAUUCAUCUCGCGUGGGAACGAUGGGAUGGACAACAUCAUGGGAGGUGCUUCACUUUGAAUACUGAGGGUUGGACCAGCGCUAUCUUCAAUAUAAUCUUCGACUCGAUUGUUAUAUGUCUACCGAGAGAUGAGUAAACUGGCUAUGAGUAGGUGGAGAAAGGUGGGCAUCAUGCUCAUGCUUUUAGGUAGUGGAUUCGCCACCGUCGUCUCUAUGCUCCACCUGAAAUGGCUAAUCCAGUUCGCAAAAACCGAAAACGUCACCUGGGACUACACGCCGGUAGGCUACUGGUCGACCUUUGAAGUCCACGUCAGCAUCAUCAUCGCCUGCUUACCUGCACUCCGUUCCCACACCGCCUCUUUCCGUCUACCAAGCAUCCCUCAUCUUACUAUGAAGGCCCGUCUGCCCGUUAUGGAUACAAUUCUGAAGGCGGAAGUCCCUUUCCAUGUAUUUCAAAGUUUAAGAAAAGUGGAAGCCAUAUCACAACAGGGGCGAGUCAAGCAAGGAUGAUCAAAAGCCGCGACCGAACAAA